AAUUUGACCUACAAAAAUGGAUGAUGAUAUUUUACCACAGUACAGAAGCAGAAGAGAGUAGACGGAGGUAACGUAAACGAGAGGGCAAGCUACGUCGAUGCCCAACCUGUUUAAGUUCUGCUUGAUAUUCUAACCUCUAAUUAUGUGCCACGUGUAAUGUCUGCUCUUCUUGACUCUAUAGCGUUGACACUAUUUCGACGGUCUCGUUACAUAUAUCAUCGUGGCCCUUUGCUUCCAGCAGAGCUAUCCCACAAAAUCAAAAACCACUUGGAAGAAGGAGAAAAAACCAACAAAGAAGAUUCAUAUAGCUGCUGCUGUCUUUUGAUAUUGUCUGGGAGUUGGCCUUGGAAAUCAAUGGAGCGGUAUGAGAUACUGAAGGAUAUUGGGUCAGGGAACUUUGGUGUUGCUAAGCUGGUAAGGGAUAAAUGGAAUGGUGAGCUUUAUGCUGUCAAGUAUAUUGAAAGAGGCACCAAGAUUGAUGAGCAUGUUCAAAGGGAGAUUAUGAACCAUAGGGCCUUGAAGCAUCCCAAUAUAAUAAGAUUCAAGGAGGUCCUAUUAACACCAACUCAUCUUGCCAUAGUCAUGGAAUAUGCUGCUGGAGGAGAACUUUUUGAAAGAAUAUGCAGUGCUGGUCGAUUCAGUGAGGAUGAGGCAAGAUUUUUCUUUCAACAACUGAUUUCAGGAGUGAGUUAUUGCCACGCAAUGCAAAUUUGUCAUAGAGAUCUUAAGCUGGAAAACACACUAUUAGAUGGGAGCACUGCACCGCGACUCAAAAUAUGUGACUUUGGCUACUCUAAGUCAAGUGUUUUUCAUUCCCAGCCCAAAUCAACAGUAGGAACCCCAGCCUACAUUGCUCCAGAAGUCUUGUCUAGAAAAGAAUAUGAUGGGAAGAUUGCUGAUGUUUGGUCUUGUGGGGUUACUUUGUAUGUCAUGCUGGUUGGAGCUUAUCCUUUUGAAGACCCUGAAGAUCCAAGAAACUUCAGAAAAACAAUUCAGCGGAUUCUGAGUGUCCACUAUUCUAUUCCUGACUACGUUCGAGUUUCCAAGGAGUGUAGACAUCUGCUAUCCAGGAUUUUUGUAGCAAACCCAGAAAAGAGAAUAACCAUACCAGAAAUCAAGCAGCACCCAUGGUUUUUAAAGAAUUUGCCAAUAGAAUUCGUGGAAGGAGAGGAUCGCAACCUGGAAAGUAAAGAAGAAAAUGAUCAAUCUCAAAGUAUUAAAGAAAUAUUGUCUAUAAUUGAUGAGGCUAGGAAACCUGGUGAGGGCCCCAAAGUUGGAAGUCAAUUACUUGGUGGUAGCGUGGAUCUUGAUGACAUUGAUGCUGAUGCAGAUAUAGAUGAUAUAGAGACAAGUGGUGAUUUUGUCUCUGUAUUGCGAGUGUAGAAAGUCAAUGUGACUUCGCAAAACCAACCUUACUGAAGAUUCAAAGAAAAAAGCACUUUGAACAUUAGGCAUUGUUUUCAUGGCUGAAGAGAAUCUGUUUCAGUGGAUGGUGUUGCUUUUCCUUAGCAUGAAAGCCUGUUUUCAUUUUCCAUUGUUGAUUAACCUGUCUUCCCAAUGGCUUCUGCUCACAUGGGGGAAAUUAUAGAAUAUCAUAUGAGCUUGAAAUUGCAAUUC